AUGAUAGAUCCGGUGCCGGCGACUCUGUUCAAGGCAGCGCCAUUGCCGGGAGUAGAGGCUGGCGACGGAGCCUGUGACGGAGGGUUUGCGAUCGAAGUUUCAGGAGUCGGAGUGGACGCUGGUGAAUCUGAAGGAGCUGUAGGAGGAGCAGGUGGAGAAGAAGCCGGCGCCGAAGCUGGUGGUGAAGUUCCAGUGGAAGGAGCGGGAGAGACGCCCGCCGGAGCAGGAGAUGAAGACGGUGUCGACGCUGGAGGAGUCGCUACUGCAGUCGGAGGAGCCGCUUUCGGCGACGACGCCGGAGGCGGUUUGGUUGGAGAGGAAGCCGGAGCGGCGCCCGGAGCCUGGCCCAAGGAGCCGGCGACCAAGGCGAAUAGCACGAAGAACACGAAAGCGGAGGAAGCCAUGGCGGUGAAAAAUGCGCAGCGAAGAGAGGAGAAUGGAAGAAGAAGAUCGGAAGGAAGUUGCAGAGCUUGA